CAGGGUGAUCUUGAACUCCCGAGCCCAAGUGAUCCUCCCGCCUCGGCUUUGUGCCGGGUUUUUGAGCAGAUCCUGCCAUUAAAGGGGAAGCUUCCAGGAACGAGCUCUGACGGGUACUCCAGGCUCAGAGCGUCUUACGUCUUUCCAACAUUCCUUGCCAUGAAGGAGUCCCACUUAGAAUGAGUGACCCAGAAGAGAAGUGGACCCAGGGCACUCCCUGGACUGGGAAACUGCCUCCACAGCUUGAGACACAGGCACCAGUGGCUCAGGCCUGAGGACAGAGGCCCAGGUAGGCACGCCAGCUGAGGCCUGCCCAGGAGGGAGGGUGGGAGACCCACAGAGGGCCAAGGCAAGUCUCCGGUUGGGGGCCUGUCCGGAGAGGGUGUUUGCACCCUGAACACCUCCCUGGCGCCUAGAGGGUUCUACUGGCCAGCUCUGAGAUGGGCUCCCAGGGCUAGAACCCAGGCUAAGGCCUGGUCUCACCUCCCAUGUGGACAGACCAAAUGAAGACAGAGUGACCAAAUCCCAGCUGGAAACACAGCAGAGGCAGGGGGACAGGGCUGUGGGAACCAGGAGAGCAGCUGGAGGAAGUGUCCAGCCAGGGGAAGGAGCAGAGAAGAGCAAGAGGCAGAGGGAGCUGGUCACCAGAUGGGGAUCUGGGGACACAGGAGAAAGUGGCUUUGUCCUGCAGCGGGCAGGCCAGGCCAGACUGUCCCCAGGGACCAGAGGAGGAGCCAGCAGCCGUGGGGACAGAGAGGCCUCUGUGAGUGGGAAGCGCCCAGCUGGCUGGAGCCUAGGAUCCUCUUGGGGCCCUCCUGGUGGAAGAGAAGGGGGCCGCAGGGUCACCUGUGCUUGUGGCCAGGGAACUAGAGGGGAAAAGUGGGAUCUUUGGAGGGGGUGCGCCCCCAUCCUUACUCCACUAGGCUACCUGGGGACAGGUUUUGUUGUAGGGUGCCAGGCCCCGCCCCUUGGAGAGGUGGCCGGGGCAGCCGGCCACAGCUGGAUCCGAGAAAGCGCGGAGCCACGGCCGGACGUUUGGCGGGACUGGGGUGGGGCAGAAAGGGAGCUCUGCUAGGCCAGAGUGGAGCCGGAGCUGGGGGAUCCGGUUCCGCCUGCCCAGGGCCUCCGCGCGCCUCCCAGGGCCCCUCGGCAGGGAAAAAAAAAGAAAAAAAAAAAAAAUCAAACCGUCUCUCAGCCAAUCGGGGAGCAGAUGGGACGGGCUCGGCCAAUGGCCGCGGCGCAUGUUAAUGAGGGCUGACGCUACGGGGAGGGCCCCAUUCAAAAGUAGUCGCUAUUGUCGCCGCGGGCUGAGCUCGCCGGGCCGGCCCCUCCGUGGGGCGCGCGGGGACGCACGCAGGUGGACGCGGGGACCGAGCCCGGGAGCCCAUGGCCGGGGCCGCCAUGGCCGAGCGGGGUCGCGUGCCUCCCCCCGCACCCGCGCCCGGCACGGAGGGGCUGCCGCGCGCCUUCCUGCAGAGCCUGCGCACCCUGUUCGACAUCCUGGACGACCGGCGGCGCGGCUGCGUGCACCUGCGCGAGAUCGAGUCCCGCUGGCAGGGCACCGACGCGCGGGAGCUGCCCCGCGGGGUGCUGGAGGGCUUGCGCCAGGUGGCCCCGGCCAGCGGCUACCUGACCUUUGAGCGCUUCGUGGCCGGCCUCCGCACUUCCCUGCUGAGCGCCGACGGCGGCCCCCGGGACCCCACGCGCGCCCCGGCCCGGCCCGGGGACCAGCCGCCGCCGCCGCCGCAGCGCCUGGUGUUCGCGCCUGCCGACGAGCCGCGGACGGUCCUGGAGAGGAAGCCCCUGCCCCUGGGCGUGCGCGCCCCUCUGGCCGGUCCCAGCGGCGCGGCCCGCAGCCCGGAGCAGUUGUGCGCCCCGGCAGAGGCGGCGCCCUGUCCCGCGGAUCCCGAGCGGUCCCAGAGCGCGGCGUUGGAACCGAGCUCCAGCGCGGACGCAGGUGCAGUGGCCUGCAGGGCCCUGGAGGUGGACUCAGGGGAUGCCCGGCGGGCCCCCCGUGCCCGAGGGGAACGUCGGAGGCACACUAUCACCAGCGGCGUGGACUGCGGCCUGCUGAAGCAGAUGAAGGAGCUGGAGCAGGAGAAGGAGGUGCUGCUGCAGGGUUUGGAGAUGAUGGCACGGGGCCGUGACUGGUACCAGCAGCAGCUGCAACGAGUGCAGGAGCGCCAGCGCCGCCUGGGCCAGAGCAGAGCCAGCGCCGACUGUGGGGCUGCAGGUAGCCCCCGCCCACUGGGGCGGCUACUGCCCAAGGUACAGGAGGUGGCCCGGUGCCUGGGGGAGCUGCUGGCUGCAGCCUGUGCCAGUCGGGUCCUGCCCUCGUCCUCCUCCGGGCCCCCCUGCCCUGCCCUGACGUCCACUUCACCCCUGGGCUGGCAGCAGCAGACCAUCCUCAUGCUGAAGGAGCAGAACCGACUCCUCACUCAGGAGGUGACCGAGAAGAGUGAGCGCAUCACGCAGCUGGAGCAAGAGAAGUCGGCGCUCAUUAAGCAGCUGUUUGAGGCCCGCGCCCUGAGCCAACAGGACGGGGGGCCUCUGGAUUCCACCUUCAUCUAGUCCGUGUGGGCAGCGCGGGCCCCCAGGGCCGGCCUGGCACUCAGCCCUUCGAGGGUGUGCGUCCCAUCGCACCCACCCUCUCUGGCUGGAGACCCCCUGCAGGCCCAGGCACAGUCCCGGAGUGGGCGCCUUCCUGCCCCCCUUGCCAGAUGGGCUCCCCAGGCCUGCCUCCGACUGGCCCCCGCACCAAGCCCUUGACUCCGUUUUGGCUCCUGGUGCUGACAUGGGCUGGGACUCUCUUGAGUCCGCAUAGUCCGCAGCUACUACUGCCGUUGUCAGUGGACAGUGGGGGACCCCUCCAUGAUUACCGCCCCCCGUUUCCAGCGGUGCUGCCCUGGGUCCCAUCUCCAGGGAAAGGCACUGCUCUCGCCAGACUGCACUUCCGACAACGGCCAGCAGAGGGCGCGGGGCGGCUCCGACGCGGGUCCAAGGGCAGCUUCCCCCUUCAACCAGGGCACCAGGACAAGGUGGCUGUAGCUCGGACGGAAGCAGAUGGAGGGGGUGGGGAUGGCCUGUAAACGGGGGGUGCCCGCCUGGCAGGGAAGCCCCAGGGAUAGCAGUCGGACUUCAGGUCUUGGCCAAGGCUGAGGGACUCUGGCUGCAGCGGAUCUGGGGGCCAGGCGGGCGAGAGUUUGGCCCGCAUGUGCCUCCCGCAGACCCUGGGGUGAUGGUCUUCCUCAUCCUGGCCAGGAAACUGCCGCACGUUGAGUCCCACACAACAACCUGUGAGCCUGGCUCCCCAGGAGGGCCCCCAGACAGCUCCCAGGCACGUCACAGGCAAAGCCUGUCUGCUCCCCCCACUCAGGAUUCUCAAGGUCUGGGGUCCUGCUCACCCCCCUUUCCUCUUAUGCCCAGCCUGACCCCAGGUUUCAGCUGGGAGAGGCCACUUCCCUCAGCCAAGGAAAACGAGAACCCCCAGGGGACAGGAGGAGGCUGGAGCAGGUCCCCUUGGGUGUCAUUCCUGUCCCCCUGCCCAGGCCCACUCCCGCUGGUGCUGGGGUACACACUGGUGGGGGGCCCCUGCUCAGCCCAGCCUGGAGGGCCCCAGCGCUACCCGAACCAGGGGCACAGCAACAUCAUGGAUGGGUUCUGCAGCCCAAGGCCCCGAAGGGGAGGCAGUGUGUGUGGGGCGCAGGAACCCGAUAGGGGGCAGUGUGUGUGGGGCGCAGGAACCCGAUAGGGGGCAGUGCUUGUGUGGGCGCGGCAGGAACCCGAUAGGGGGCAGUG